AUGUAUCCCUCGACUUUGACGCAGCUGGCCCGGGCUAAUCCGUUCAGCGCCCCGCUGUUCACGCUCCAGAAAGUGGAGGAACCACAGCAGAGUCUUCAUGGACAGAGGACGCGCAGGCUGGCAGCUGCCGCCACGGCAGACGCCGAGGAAUUUAGCUGCGAGUUUGGCUCCUCAAAAUACUAUGCCCUGUGCGGCUUUGGGGGGAUCCUCAGCUGCGGCCUCACGCACACCGCCGUAGUCCCCCUCGACCUUGUCAAGUGUCGUCUGCAGGUGAAUCCCGACAAGUACAAGAGCAUCGGCAAUGGAUUCUCGGUGACAGUGAGGGAGGACGGUGUCCGAGGCUUGGCCAAGGGCUGGGCGCCCACUUUCAUUGGCUACUCCAUGCAGGGACUCUGCAAGUUUGGCUUCUAUGAAGUGUUUAAGAUCUUCUACAGUGACUUGCUUGGAGAGGAGAACACCUACAUGUGGAGAACGUCCCUGUACCUCGCCGCCUCCGCCAGCGCAGAGUUCUUCGCCGACAUCGCUCUGGCUCCUAUGGAGGCUGUCAAAGUGCGUAUCCAGACCCAGCCUGGCUAUGCCAACACCCUUAGAGAGUGCGUGCCCAAGAUGUACAGCGAGGAGGGUCUCUGGGCCUUCUACAAGGGUGUGGUACCACUCUGGAUGAGACAGAUCCCUUACACCAUGAUGAAAUUUGCCUGCUUCGAGCGUACCGUGGAGAUGCUCUACAAGUACGUCGUUCCCAAGCCACGAAGCGAGUGCAGUAAAUCGGAGCAGCUGGUGGUCACCUUCGUGGCCGGGUAUAUCGCUGGUGUGUUUUGCGCCAUUGUGUCCCACCCUGCUGAUUCGGUGGUGUCUGUACUGAACAAAGAGAAGGGAAGUACUGCUGUCCAGGUCCUGAAGAGGCUAGGACCUAAAGGUGUCUGGAAGGGCUUGGUCGCCCGUAUCAUCAUGAUCGGUACUCUGACGGCACUGCAGUGGUUUAUCUACGAUUCGGUCAAAGUCUAUUUCCGUCUGCCCCGCCCCCCUCCCCCCGAGAUGCCCGAGUCCUUGAAGAAGAAGCUCGGAAUCGAGUAA